AUGUGGUACCGUCCGCUGUUGAAGAGCGCUACCUGCCUGUCAGACUCACUAGGCCCCCCGAGUAACGUAGAGAGCAUGCAGGAUGUAGUCAAUGUUGCAGUGCUGCUUCCUUCAAACACCAGCGGGGUGACUAUCGAGGUUUACAGCCGUGGUAACCAGAUUGGCUCGUUUGCUGGAGUUGCAGGGCUGAAUGCAUACAGCGUACCUGGGAUGGUGGCUGGAGCGCAGAGUGUCCAGCUCGUAUCAUCAGACAGAACAGUCAUUAGUAGUGCGAAAAGUAUGAUUGAUGUGGCUGCAACCACCACUGGAAUUUGCAACUUCAACUACCAGGUCAUUGGGGUCUAUUAA